UGGCAUGGUCCACUGAGCAUGCCAUGUCAUCAAGUCCGGAAUUCCCCCGGAUAGUUUCCUUGCGCCCUUCCCCUCACGCCUCACCCAGCCUCCAAAGCCUUCGCUCAAUGACUCUCGCUGCUGCCUUCAAUGCCUUCAAGUCCUCCAAUCUCAUCUCCUGGAAACACUCUGGCAGGCUUCAGCAAACCUUAGCUGGAUGCAUAGAGCGGACCGGGAAGGCUCUGCACUCCGGCGAGGUUUCCACUGUGAAACUAUGGCCUGAGCUCGCCGGCCAAGGGAGGUAUUUCGAUUUCCGUUCCAAUUUGAUUCCUGCGUCCGUCGAUUUUGCCGAAGAAUCGCCUCUCUGUACCACUCUCUGCAAGAAUGGGUUCAGAAUUCGAACCGUUGAGCACUUGCUCUCGGCAUUGGAGGCCGUUGGUGUUGAUAAUUGCAGGAUUGAAAUACGGAAUUUAAAUCCUGAAGAUCACGACGUCGAGGUUCCGAUCUUUGAUGGCUCUGCAAAAGAAUGGGUAAAGGCGAUAGAACAAGUUGGGUUAAAGGUGGCCAAAGAUCAGUCUGGCAACAAUUGUGAAAAAAUGGCUCCUUAUGUGAAUGAACCAAUGCAUGUGUGGAGGAGUGAUUCUUUUGUUGCUGCGUUCCCUUCACAAAAGGUUCAAAUAACUUAUGGAAUUGACUUUCCACAGGUACAUGCUAUUGGCUGCCAGUGGUUUUCUGCAGUCUCCUUGGACAAUUCUUUGUAUUCUGAACAGAUAGCUUCAUCAAGAACCUUCUGCGUUUAUGAGGAGGUGGAGAAAAUGCGCAAUGCUGGACUCAUAAAGGGUGGCUCACCAGAAAAUGCCAUUAUUUGUAGUGCCAGCAAAGGUUGGGUGAACCCCCCACUGCGUUUUGCUGACGAACCUUGUCGCCAUAAGGUCUUGGAUCUUAUUGGUGACCUUUCCCUUUUUGCACAGUUUGGCAGUCAAGGGCUUCCAGUAGCGCACAUAGUGGCCUACAAGG